AUGAGGCUCCCGUCGCCUAGCUUCUUUCUCUGCACGCUCGGGUUGCUCAGCGCGACAGCAUGGUGCAAGACGGUCAAACACCAGUGGGCGCUAACCCCGCAGUACAAUGCGCCCGAUGGCCACUACCGCAUGACAUUCGUCGUAGACGGUCAGUCUCCGGGACCUACGCUUGCAGGCGACGAGGGUGACAACUUCGAGGUAGAAAUCAUGAAUGAGCUCCCCGUCGAGAUGACCAUCCACUGGCACGGCAUCUUUCAGCGAGGCUCGCCCGAGAUGGACGGUGUUCCCGGUGUGAACCAAUGGGCGAACCCACCCAAUGGCAACUUUACCUACAAAUUCUCAGCGCCCGGCCAGUACGGCCUUCACUGGUACCAUGCACAUGUGCGCGGCUAUCUCGAUGAUGGCGUCAAGGGUCUCAUCUACAUCUAUCCACAUGCCAACCGGACCCGUCCCUUCAGCCUGAUCUCGAGCGAUGAAGGCGACAUUGCUGCCAUGAUGGAAGCCGAGAAAAAUCCACGCUCUAUGGCACUCUAUGAUUGGCGGCACGUCCAAGAAGACGAGGCUAUUGCCAUGUUUGACUCGAGUGGCCGACCUACGACGUGCGUUGACAGCGUUCUCAUCAAUGGCAAAGGAAGGUCGUUUUGCCCCACUGCCGACUAUCUGGAAGAAGAGGCUGCUCGGCGUUACGAUGCCCUUCCUUACUUUGCCAGCCACGUCGAUUCACGCGGCUGUCUCAUUAUUCCAGGCUCAGGCUCAUACAACGCCGAGGCCAUUUCGUCGCCCAUGGGCUGCACCAAUUCGACCGCAGAUGUCGACAUUGUGCCUACACAGGGAAAGUGGACGAUGCUCAACGUGGCCAAUGUGGGUGGCGAGUGGACGUGGACGUUGUCCAUCGACGAACACGAUUUGUGGGUCGUAGCGGCAGACGGCGAUUACAUAACACCAAAGAAGGUGCAGGCCUUGCCCGUUUCGAUUGGACAGCGGUACACUGUCGUAGUUCCCACCGACAAGGCUCAGGGUGGCGACUACUUUAUCCGAGCCAAUAGCCAAGGGUUUGCACAGGUCCUUGCUGGCGUCGGCGUGCUGCGAUACGACGAUGACGAAAACGCAAUGGUGCGACGCCAAGACCCUGUUAUGGCACCUCCGGAUGGGGAUGCGUUGGGUGAUCCUUGGUCAGACUUGAGCAAGGCAUCCGUGCGAUACAACUCGUCGCUCAUCAAUGGCGCCUACCAGUUCGACGCCCAACAAGACGCCCCCGCUUUUCCUGCCCAGUCGCCGCCCUCGAAGGCUGACAUGACGUUCGUUUUCCACGCCAACCAGACGAACACGACGGUUUUCCAGAUCGGCUCGCAGCCCCUUGCCGACGUUCAGGAACUCAAUCUGCCCGUGCUCUUCUCGCAACCCGGAAGGGGCCUCGAACAGGACCCCAGCUGGCUCUAUCGCAUCCCCUAUGGUGCUGUUGUGGAUGUUAUCAUGCAGAAUGCACCCAAUGCCCUCUUUCCUGCGCCGGCCGAGCCACCACACCCCAUCCACCUUCAUGGUCACAAGUACUGGGUCUUGGGCAGCAAAGAGUACGAGACGUGGCAGUACGCCAAUGUCCAAGACGCGCUCCAAUCGGGCAACGUCAAUCUCAACCUCAAUGACCCGCCGUCGCGCGACACGUUCCUGCUCCCAACGGCUGGUUGGCUCGUCUUGCGCUUCAUUGCGGACAAUCCAGGCGCUUGGCUCAUGCACUGCCACAGAAUGGGUGUCGUCUUUCUUGAAGCACCUGAUCGGCUCGACAACAUUCCCGAUUCCUACAAGACGCCGCCCACGACGACGCCGUAUGCGCCCCGCGCGCUCAUUCGAGGCGCCACAUUGAUGGGAACCUCGUUGUGA